GUUUCACAUGAACCAACCAGCAGAGUUAAUAAUACCAAUUUAUUGACCUUCGCACAUUCUACCGGCAACAAACAAAGCAAAUGAGCUUCAAGUUCAAAGCGCAAAUUGGAUAUCGUGUCAUGGCAGUCGGUUGUCUCUGAUUAGCUAAAAUCGGCAUUUGUUUAACUAAGUCUUCUUGAUUGAUGUGCUUGCACAAAGAACGUGUUAAAGUGUUAGAGUUUUCACUAAAACCCAAAACGAUUUUUUAACAUCCACCAGUUGAAUUGGAUUCAGCAAAUACAGGUGUUAAUGCUAUGUUGUAGAUAAUGAGCAUCAUUUUCGAUAAACCUGCCUAAUCAAGCACAUGUUUUUAAACUUAUUGCGCCGAUCACAGCUGCUUAUGGUGUGAGCAAAUAUUUUUUCGAAUGCUGAAUUGCAUCGAAUCGAGCAAAAAGUAAAUCUUGGUCAAACUGCCGUCGGUUGAACUGGCAGAAAUGGGUUUCAAGCUCAGUUUAGAGAUUCCGGUGUUUUUCUCCGCAUUGGCUUUUAUGUUAACAGUCAGUGUUAAUAGCAACCUUCUAAUUUAUAGAACAUGCUAUGUUCUUUUGCACCAUAAUCAAUCGAAUUGUGCAAAGUUGGGGUUUGUCAAUGAUAAUGCGACGGAAACUUUGGAAAAGCUAGUAGAGCCAACGGCCACGUAUAUUCAACUAGUACGAACCAUAGUUGAGUCUGCUUUUGGAUCGGUUCUUUGUCUAGUUGUGGCUCCAUGGAGUGACCGAUUCGGUAGAAAGCCUGUCAUUGUAGUCGCAUUUGUAGGUGGUACCAUUUCCUUACUGCUCCAUAUAGUAUUUGCGGCUGUAGAUACUUUAACUCCUUGGUUCAUGCUAGUCAUAUCAGUUCCUAUUAUCCUAACUGGAGGUGGUGUCAGUUUUUUCACUGUUGUAUCCGCCUAUUUAUCGGACUCAACCACACCAGAAGAAAGAGGCCUAAGGAUGGGAAUUCUGGAUGUGGUGAUGGCCUUGGCAUCUUUAAUAGGCAACACUUCCAGUUCCUACAUUUUGAUUGCUACCAACUAUUUCAUAGUGUAUUGCAUUGCAACAGCUUGCCAACUUGUUGCGUUGGGGUAUGCCAUAUUUUUCGUUCCCGAAUCUCUUCCGGAGCGUGAAACUAAAAACCCGAUUGCAGGGAUUUUCAGCAAAUCGAACAUUAUCCAAAUGCUCAAAACUCCCUUUAUUCAAAGAGAGGGCUCGAAACGCACUCUCCUACUCCUUAUAAUGAUUUCCAUGCUUCUGGGAUUCACCUCGACUGGAUCGGGGCAGUUAUUUUUCUUUUUCGUUCGGGAAAAGUUACAGUGGACAUUGACCAAGUUCACUUGGUAUGGAACUGUUGUUAAUAUAUUGGGCUUAUUUGCCACCGCUGUUGUAGUGUAUUUGUUUCACACAGUGCUAAAAAUUAAGGAAACUGUGCUGAUUUUUGUUGGCUCGCUGUUUUCAGUGGUUUCCCUAAUUACACUUGGUUUGGCUCUAAAGGACUGGCAGGUAUAUCUAGGGGCAAUUUUAAAUUUGCCCUCAUAUGGCCAGGGUGCCCUAAUGAGGUCUCUGAUCUCCAAACUAGUACACGAAGAAGAAGUAGCGAAAAUCCUAUCGGCUUUCAACAUUGGCUCAAACGUUUUGAACCCAUUGAGCUCGAUCGGAUAUACUGCCUUGUAUAAUGCGACUAUCAAUACAGACGCAGGAUUAUACAAUUUUGUUACAGCUGGUAUUGUCUUUGGUUGCUCGAUCAUAUUCAUGUUUGCUCUGAUAGUUCAGCGAAAGGCAAGUAUAGAGGAAUAUGAUGUGUUGGAAAGUGACGAAAAUAGUAGUGAGCCAGAGAAUGUUAUAGCUAACGAAAUAAAUUCCACGUAAAAAUUGCAAAUUUCCAAAGUUUUCCGAAUCAUCUGUGAUUUAUUACAAUGUGAUAUCUAUAUGAAAAUUAUCGACUUAGGCAAUGCUAUAAUCAAUAAGUUGUUUUUUCAAUUUUUUUACCUGAAAUACAUGUUUGGUGUCCAGUUUCCUAAAA